AUGUCAAGUCCCGCGGGGUGUGGGCGGCUCCGAGCGGAGCCUCGCACCCCGACGCUGGCGGCAGCGGGGUCUCCCCUCCCUUCCUCCUCCUUCCCUGGCGGGACCAGUCUUCCAGGGACUGCGGCAGGGAGCGCUAGGACGUCGCAAGGGCCGCUGCUCAUUUCACGGCGCGGGGACCAAACAGAAGGCGUCAUGCCUGAGAGCGACAGCUACUACGCCCGAGCUGGAGCGAGGGGUCGGAGAGGGACUUUCAGCAUACCAACCGCGAAAACAGAAACAGGAAGCAUUUUCACGACUUACAUAAUCCUGCUGGUUCUGCUGGUGGCACUGUGGCUUCUCUACUCCGGCAUCGUGGUGUAGCCGACGAAGGUCGAUGGCUGUGUAUUCCUCACUAGGGACGUCAAAAACAAGUGUUCAUCCGACACAUCUGACGGGGCUAUGAAGCAAACACGAAACUUUCACAUCCAAUCUUCACCAAGUGAAGAAAACUUUUCUUGAAAUAAAAGUGAAUUUAUUAUGUUCAAUAAA